AGCCAUAUUGUAUGGCUUUCGGCAGGGCCGCGCCAUGUGCGGCCUAGCCACUUGAGUAGUUUUUUGGGAGUGUAGAUAGGGCAAGCAAGUUAAGUGUUUGCGCGUGCAAUGCACCGCCAUGAGAUCUUACGGCUUGCAGAAGAGGGUGGCGACAGCAGCGAUGGUGUUGGCUCCAAGCGCAGAAGUGAUGUUGCGCCCAGCUUCAUUGCAGCUGGCGCGACCCGCUGUCUUCUGGCAUGCGCCCUGGCCGCGGCCUCCAGCUCGCUGACCGCGUACUUUGCUGCGACGGUGCACCGACCAGCGACGGCCCGUUUAGGGCACGGCGCCACGAUCACGCUGGAGAAGCUAGAGUUUUCCACGCGGCCUAACACAGGCUGUGACAACUGGAGGAGCAUCGUCGUGAUCAAGGACAGCAAGCCGACCGCCGAGGAGUGCUACGGCGUCUGCGCCAGCACCGACGGCUGCCGGAGCGCGGGGUACCAGACGAAGGACUGCCCCGGGAACGGACUGCAGCAGGGCAGCUGCUUCAUUUACGGCGGCGACUGCGAGACGACGGACGACGACUGCUGGGAUCUGGUUUCGCCGCCGGAGCCCGAGCCCGAGGGGCCCGAGGAGCCCGAGGGGCCCGAGGAGCCCGAGCCCGAGGCCACGACCUCGCAGCAGCCGGCCGAGGCCGCCGCGCGGGCCCUGCGCCGCCCCGGAGAGGCCUUCGACGCGCCGCCGGCCGAGGCCGACACGCCGGCCCGCCGCCCCGGAGAGGCCUUCGACCCGCCGCCGGCCGAGGCCGACGCGCAGUCCCAUGCGGCCGAGGCCGCCCCGCCGGACUCGGACACGGCUACCGCGAACAAGACCACCCCGCACACGGCCGGCUUCGGCUGCGGGAAUUGGAGGAGUUUCCAGGUGGGCAGCUUUCACAAGGGGCUCUCCGCCGACGAGUGCGGCGAGGAGUGCCAGGCGACCACGGGCUGUCAGUCCUACACCUUCCAGCCGAACGCCGAGUGCGACGGAGACGGUAGCGGCGAGGGAGCCUGCAUGCUCUUCGUAGGCAAAAACUGUUCCCUGGUACAGGACGACUGCUGGGAUUACUACGAGUUGCAGACCCAGGAUUCCCAUUGUAAUAGCGCGGCUCCUCUGGCAGUGCCAGAGACCAGAGCCGAGGUCAGUGCUUGGGCAGCGGACCUGGUUAGCCAGAUGACGAAUACAGAGAAGUGGACAAUGGUCAGGGGCACCAUGAACAAAGGUUCUUGGGUGGGCAUGAUUAAGGGUAUUCGACGGCUUGGUAUACCACCACUGACGAUGCAGGACGGACCGCAAGGCUUCCGGACCACGUCGCGGGAGCUUGUCGGCCAAGUGACGUCAUGGCCGUGCGCACUCGCUGUUACCGCCACAUGGGAUGCCAGAGCAAUGCGUCGAUGGGCUCAGGCGAUGGGCCAAGAGUUCAAAGCGAAGGGAGCUAGCAUCGCACUCGGCCCAGGUGUCAACGUGAAUCGCGUUGCCGUGAAUGGGCGGAAUGCCGAAUACAUCUCUGGCGAAGACACUUACCUUGCGUCAAAGUUGGUGGGAGAGUUUGUCCAGGGAAUGCAGGGUGAGGGCGUAGCUGCUGUGGUAAAGCACUUUGUGAACAACGAGCAGGAGGACGAUCGUACCGAGGUAGACAUAAUCAUUGACGAGCGCACUCUUUGGGAGGUUUAUUACCCACCUUUCCAAGCUGCUGUGGAUGCCGGUGUUGCCUCGGUGAUGUGCUCUUACAACUCAGUGAACGGCCACCCCGCGUGCGAGAACAUCAAGACUCUUCAGGAGGACCUCAAGGGAACCAUGGGCUUCGAUGGAUUCGUGAUGAGCGACUGGGACGCGAUCAAGACGACCCAUGGUGCGGCGGCUGGUGCAGAUCAAGAUCUACCUGCAGGCACCUUCUUCACCGACGAGGUCCUCGAGAAUCUUUCGAGCACUCGCCUGAACGACAUGGUGCAGCGCGUGCUCCAAGGCAUGGCGCGGGCGUGGGCCGCGAGCCCCGACGGCCUGUGCGCCCCGGGGUGUGCCUGCGGCCACGCCCACGGCGUCGUAGAGGACAGCAAGGCCACCGCCCCGCUGCUGGCAGAGCACCGCACGCUGGCCCAGGACCUGGCCUCGCAGGGCGCCGUCCUCCUGAAGAACGAGCGGGGCGCCCUGCCGCUCAAGGCCGCCGGGAAGGUCGCGGUCCUCGGCAGGGCCUGCGACGCGCGCCACAACAUCAGCCUCGAUGACUGGCUGGAUAUGGACUACUAUGUCGUUGGCGGCUCCGGGAGGGUCGCGGCGACGAACGCCACGUCCGUGGUGCAAGGGCUGAGGAAGUCCAACCUCACCUUGGAGGAGAGCCUCGUGAACGACCUGAAGCUGGCGAGAUUUGCGCUGGCAGGGUCGCAGGUGGCAGUAGUGUGCGGCGGGGUUUCGUCCACGGAGAGUUUAGACCGCAAGAACUUGUCGCUGAAUGAGGACAUGUUCAUAUUUCGUGUAAUAUCCAUCGCGUCGGAGCUGCAGGUGCCUGUCGUGGUGGUUGCCCUGGCACCAGGGCCCGUAGUCAUGGGCUGGAGACACGAAGCAUCGGCGGUUUUGCUGAUGUUUCUGUCUGGAGAGCGCACUGGUGAUGCUGCCGCGGCGGUGAUGACUGGCCAGGUGAACCCGUCCGGCAGACUCCCAUUGACGAUUCCAGUAUUCGAGUCAGAUCCUGUGCCUCAUUGCAGUUGCCUUAGAGUCUUAGAGUCUGUGAUUCUGUCACCUAAGCUUGUCGAUCGCAGCCCCCAGAUUCGAUCAUCAUGGUUCGAGAUGUGA